GAACUGCUGAAGUGAAGUAAGAAUAGAAAUUGAAAUAAAACAUCAGGAGGUUAGAGUCAAGUACAGACCUACCUUUAUUGCUUAAAGUCUAGUUUGGUCCAGAUUUCUGUUUUUGGCUUUAUCUUUUGUAUCUUAUCCAACAUGGAAUCGACUUCAUCUAAAGUCAAAGACCUGAGAAUUGUCCUCUUGGGCAAAACCGGAUCUGGUAAAAGUGCAACAGGUAACACCAUCCUGGGAAGGACAGGUUUUCUCGAAGAAAUGUCUCCUUCCUCUGUCACUAAGAAAUGCAAAAAAGAAAUUACCCACCUGGACGGCCGCACAGUGACUGUCGUUGAUACUCCUGGGGUGUUUGACACAUCCAUUCCUGAGAAAGAGCUGAAAAGUGAAAUUGAGAACUGUAUCACACUGUCCCUUCCUGGACCGCAUAUAUUCCUGCUAGUUAUCAAUCUCUCUGUACGCUCCACAGAGGAGGAGAAGAAUACCGUCGAGUGGAUUACAGAAAACUUUGGUGAGGAAGUCUCAAAGUACACAAUUGUUGUUUUCACCAGAGGAGAUGACCUCAAAGACACCAUUGAGAGCUACUUGUGCAAAAGUGAAGAUCUGAAGAAGCUUACCAGUGACUGUAAAGCUGGGUAUGCUGUGUUUGACAAUACAACCAGAGGAAAUCACACUCAGGUGGCUGAUCUGCUUGAAGCCAUAGACAGGACAGUAGAGUUAAAUGGAGGUUAUUAUACCAAAAACAUUUACGAUGAGGCCCAGAGAAAACUAUGGUGGCGCAAGUUUGGACGCCUGGUGACACCUACAGGAAGUCAUUUAAUGUGGGCAGCUGCAGGUGCAGCAGGUGCAGCAGCAGGUGGUGCUAUGUUGGGAAAGGAAGUUGCAGUUCAAGCAAUGCAAAAAGUGGCAGUUUUUGGAGGUGCAGCACUUACGAAAGUUAUUGGAGGGUUUCCCCGUCCUUAAUCAGACCAUAGCUAAGGUCGAUCAGAAAAUGGCUUUUAUGUAGCCAUACAUGUAGUGUAUGGCUACAUACACACAACUUAUGUUGUGGCGGACCACUAGGAGGCCCCACUCACACCCAGAUGAAGGGAAGUUUUUAUUCAAAAAUGUGUAUUUUAUUGGUGUUGAUUAUCACAAUGUGUACCAUUACUUCAGUUGGAGUCAGGUAAACGAGGUGAUGAAACUUACAUCCCUUGUCG